AUGCAUAUCUCCUCUCUUCUUCCGCUUUCCCUUCUUCUGGGGUCUCUGUCCCCUGCCGGCGCGAUCCCGGUAGCUGAAUCUGCUAUUGAUGCUCUACAAGGCCGACAUGAUGGCUAUCACUAUGGCUCAGAUUUAGCAAGCCGCGGCUUCUCCGAUGUGAAAAUUGUUGCUCGGGAUGGACCUGAGUUCUGGAUGGAGUCGAUAAAGCACCAGGGCAUCUCUCCCAUGGGACCUUCGGAGUAUACUGUUUUCCGUAACGUCAAGGACUUCGGAGCAAAGGGUGAUGGCGUUACGGACGACACCGAAGCAAUCAACAACGCCAUAAGCAGUGGCACACGCUGCGGGCAAGGCUGCUUCUCGAGCACGACCACACCCGCAGUCGUGUACUUUCCCUCGGGCUCGUACGUUAUUUCAGCACCAAUCUUCGACUAUUACAACACGAUCAUCAUUGGAAACCCAAAUUCGCUGCCUGUUAUCAAGGCAUCCUCCGGGUUCAAGGGCGGCUAUCUGAUUGACGGAGAUCCGUAUUUCAGUGCUGAUCCGAACUGGCCUGCGACUACUGUCUUCUGGAGACAAGUCCGGAAUUUUGUCCUCGAUACCACUGCUGUCGCCGCGGGAACUCAGAUUAGCGGAAUUCACUGGCCUACCGCUCAGGCGACAAGCUUACAGAAUAUUGUUUUCCAGUUGAGUGCUGACCAGGGGACUGAGCAUCAAGGAAUCUUUUGUGAAAGUGGCUCUGCUGGCUUUGCUGGUGAUCUUGUCUUCAAUGGAGGCAAGAUUGGAGCUGCCCUUGGAAAUCAGCAGUUUACCAUGCGCAACCUGACCUUCAACAAUGCAGUGACUGCCAUCAGCCACUUCUGGAACUGGGGUUGGACAUAUCAAGGAAUUACCAUCAACAACUGCCAGCUCGGAAUUGAUAUCUCGACUGGCGGCAGCGAGCAGCAGAGCGUCGGUUCUAUUACCUUGUUUGACAGCUCCUUCGCCAACACGCCCGUCGCCAUUAAGUCCGCUAAGACCGAUUCCUCCGCCCCGCAGACUGCAGGUAGCAUCAUUCUGGAGAAUGUGGCUCUUGAUAAUGUUGGUGUCGUGGUUGAGGGACCCAAUGGGACAGUUCUGGCUGGUAGCCCUGGCUCGAGUGUCAUUGCAGCCUGGGGCCAGGGCAAUCAAUAUACUCCUACCGGUCCCACCAAAGUUGCCGGUGAUAUCACACCAGUCUCCCGCCCAGCAGGCCUUUUGGAUGGUCAAAUGUAUUACCAGCGAUCGAAGCCGCAGUACGAAUCCUUGUCUGCUUCCUCGUUUUCGAGCGUUCGGGAUGGCGGUGCGAAGGGCGAUGGAACAACCGACGACACAGCUGCCCUUCAGAGUGUGAUAGAUAGCGCCGCUGGAUCUGGCAAGGUCGUAUAUAUGGAUGCUGGAGUCUACAAGGUCACCAAUACCCUCAAAAUACCGGCCAACUCCAAGAUCGUCGGAGAGGCAUAUCCAGUCAUCAUGUCGAGUGGGGACUUCUUUAACAAUAUGGAUUCGCCGAAGCCUGUGAUCCAGGUUGGACAGGCAGGUGAUCAGGGACAAGUUGAGCUCUCGGAUCUAAUUCUUAGCACUCAAGGACCUCAAGCCGGUGCCAUUCUUAUUCAGUGGAAUAUUGCGUCGCCCUCUGCGCCAGCUGGACUCUGGGAUGUCCACGCGCGAGUUGGAGGAUUCGCAGGUUCCCAGCAAACCACUGCUCAAUGCGCCAAAACAACUGACUCUUCGGACGUCAAUAAGAACUGUAUCGCAGCUUAUAUGCUCAUGCAUGUGACUCCUUCCGCGUCGAAUUUGUACAUGGAGAACUGCUGGCUUUGGGUUUCGGAUCAUGACGUUGAUGUUCAGACUGAAGCCGACGGUGGUCAAAUCACCCUCUACAGCGGUCGUGGGUUGAACGUUGAGAGCACGGAGGGCAAUAUCUGGCUGUCCGGCACAUCCGUCGAACAUAGCUCCCUUUACCAAUACCAGUUCGCGUCCACCAAGAAUGUGUACAUGGGACAAAUCCAAACCGAAACAGCAUACUAUCAACCCAACCCCAAUGCCCUGACACCCUUCACACCAAACACAGCCAUCCACGACCCAGAAUUCGCCUCCAGCUGCAGCGGCAGCACAGGAAACUGCGCUCUGGGCUGGGGUCUCCGCGUGGUCGACUCUACAGACCUGUACGUGUACGGCGCAGGGCUAUACUCCUUCUUCAACAACUACGACGCUACCUGUUCCGCAUAUGGCGGCCCUCAGAACUGCCAGAACUCUAUUUUCAGCAUUGAGGGAGCUUCGGAAAUCUCCGUUUAUAACCUCAAUGUGCUUGGCUCGAAGAGUUUGGUUGACCAGGAUGGAAAGAGUCUUGCUUCUUAUAGCGAUAAUAUUGGUGUUUUCACUAAUAAUAUCGCUUAUUUUACCACUAAGUGA